AUGAUGGCCCAGUUCAUGAAGAAGAUAUCAGGCAAACCUGUAAUACAUUCUGCAGUAUUCUGCAUCCUUGCAUUUCUUGCGCAUACUAGUGCGAGAAUGCACGAAUUCACCAAAGUAGAUUCAGGAAUAGUUAGAUCCGGCCACCCCCAUCCUCCAUAUGGCACCAAUUCACAUGUACCACAACCUCAAUAUGGCACCAGGACAGACGAUGUGCCUCCAUCAAACCAGCAAACCCCAAAUGGCCCUCCGACAAAGCAGAAAAAAAGAAUAAUGUACUACAGUAACAAGAUCAACGCAGGGUAUCUCUACAGUGUGGGCGCACAGAAGUACAUCGGAACAGACCCAAACGAGUAUUGGCUUUCUGCAGUCGAGAGUACAUCCGCGCCUUUGCUGAUUUCUAUAGUUCCCUCAUAUGGAAACAGAAUUGGAAGCUACAUGGAAAUAAUUGACAUAAAGGACAAAGACCAUCCGCAGCUGGGAAGAAAGGCGUCAAAUGACUUCCACUACGGCGCGAAAAGGUUUGACGUUGGCGGUGGGCCCCAUAAAAAUAGAUGCUACCUGUACGGAGCCACGUCGACUUACAAUCGGUUUGUGAUAACUCCUCCGUACUACAAGGAAGGCCCCGCCUUUAAAAUCAUAAGGAACUCGUCCUGUUUGGGAAUAGACUCUGCAAACAAUCUGAUGGAAGUGGGCUGUGUGGACGACACCACAGAUGGCUACGGAACCACAGAAAAUGACAUGCAGCUCUUCGAGUUCCAUCCUGUAGGGUGCGGGGACAAGUGCGCCGAGGUGUAG